UUUUGACAGCACGGCAACGCUAUCUGUUGCACAUUUGGAAAUUGUAAAUAAAAAUUCACAUUGGAAGUUUAAAUAUAAAUAAUAUUACAUUGAAGUGACCAACAAUUAUGAGUAUAAUUAAUUUUGAAAUUGAAGAAAUACGUAAGCUGUGCGAGAAUACCGUACCAAAUUCUAAAAUUAUAGCUUGCAUUUGUGGGGAAUCACCGCUUGUGCGCGUAGACAUAAUCGAAAAUGAGUCGUAUCGCCAACUCACGGUUUGCUUGCGUUUUCCAGCCAAUUAUCCAGAUGAGUCAAUCCUUGUUGAAUUGAAGAGUCGCACGUUGUCAAAUAAGUUUCUAGACGGCCUUGCAACACUUAGUGAGAAACAUGCGCACCAACAUUUGGGAAAACCGCAAGGCCUACAUGUACUAAGAUUUGUGCAACAAUAUCUGACUGAAAAUCCACUUUGUGUUUGUUUUGACGAGAUACAAGAUCUACGACGCGAUCUCGGCACGGACGCCACACCAGAUCAAUUGAAAUUAAAACAACGUCAUUCGAUUGUGCAAUUAACAGCAAAAGGUGGCGAGUACUACUACAAAGUGAGUGCAUUAUUACCGAAGGAUUACCCGAAAGAGUGUGUGCAACUACAGAAUCAGGAAACGAAUUUACCAGCAAUUUUGCUUCGUUACUUGAACGGGCAAUCGCGUGAAAUAGCUAGACAAUGUGUCGAACCGCCACUUCGUUUGAAUAAGAAGGAACAAUUGGCUUUUCAACCAGUACCUAGCUUAUAUCGUGCUCUCAAAUUUUGUCUGGCCGCUACAUCGGACUUUCAUAUAGAGUUAUGUCCAAUUUGUGAGAAAGAGGUGUUACCAAAGAAACCAACUCAGCUGGAGUUAGAUGAUACCAAGGACACAUAUGUAGAACGUGUAUACUGUGGGCAUCUUUUUCAUCAGGCUUGCCUCAAACAUUACCUUCAACAGCCACCAUUUCCUAAGGGUGGUAAAUUAUGCCCAGCCAAGCGUCGACAUCCGCGUUCCGAUGCAAAGUACUAUAUGGGUGGUGCCAGUAGUAAUGGAAAGCAACCGAUUGUCAAUGCAGACAACGGAGGAACAUGCGGAAUUCGGUUGGCGCACGAUCGUUGGGUUGUUAAUGUAAAACUAGCUGAAUCACGUUGGGCGCAAAAGCAAGCGCGGGAACGAGAACUACAGGAAGUAGUAGAUUUUCUGAAGUGAACUGAACUCGUGCCUUACGCAAGUGCAUACUCAAAUAUUAGUAAUUUUAUAUAUGGUUUAUUAGUUGUAAACAGGUUUUGAAACAUUUAAAUUAAAAAUAGAAUAUAUUCAACAAUAAACUAAUAUAAUAUAUAUGUAUUGUA